CCCAUAACACCCACAACAGCGGUCUGUGCGGCUCCAUAUUGGAUCUGCCUUGUCUGAGAAAUACACUACGCCGGAGGUCUGCCCUGCGCAUAUUGUGUGUCGCACGGCAAGGCAGCUGGCUCCGGUCCGCGGGCUCAGGUAUGAGGGAUGGGAUGCAGCCGACGAACCGCGCUGACACCGACAAAUGUUCCUCGCGGUUUCUUUUUCACGGAGCGGCGUCACAGUUUUUAACGGGGCUGAGAAAUUAGGUUAGAGGCGCACCUGAAGAGCGGAGCGAAAAGUGGCAUGCAGGCUGAAGAAGAAGAAAUAAUUGGAUUGAGAUAACGCCACACAGGCAUGAUGUUUACACUCACUGAGGUUGCGUCGCUGAACGACAUCCAGCCGACGUACCGCAUCCUAAAGCCAUGGUGGGACGUCUUCAUGGACUACCUGGGGCUGGUCAUGCUCAUGCUGGCCAUAUUUGCCAUGACCAUGCAGAUCACAAAGGACCAGGUGGCCUGCCUUCCAUGUUUGGAGGACACAGAUGAGGCAUCGGGAACCACACCCCACCCGUUCACGCAGCAGACAACACAGGCAGCAACAGCGGCAGCAGCAGCCACCACGGCCCCUGUGGCGUCCUCCAUCCCCCUGGUUACUAAGGACUUACCGGAUGAAGUUGUGACAGAGAUCACACACCAACACACAUCUGUGGUGGCAGAGAAAUACGCCAAUCAACCUCAACCAACAGGGGUCAGGACCAACCUUGACUAUCAGCAGUAUAUCUUCAUCAACCAAAUGUGUUACCAUGUUGCCUUGCCCUGGUAUUCCAAGUACUUCCCAUACCUCACUCUCAUCCACACUCUCGUUCUCAUGGUCAGUAGCAAUUUCUGGUUCAAAUACCCCAAAACGAGUUCAAAGAUUGAGCAUUUUGUCUCUAUCCUGGGUAGAUGCUUUGAGUCUCCCUGGACUACGAAGGCUUUGUCUGAAACCGCUUGCGAGGACUCCGAAGAGAAUAAACAGAGGUUGACCGGCACCUCCUCAGCACCAAAGCAGGUAUCUCUAGAGGGGAAAGAUGAAGGCGCAAAUGCCAGUUCAUCCACACCCAUGCUUGGGGUGAAGUUCUCUGCAGACAAGCCCAUCACAGAGGUCCCAAGUAGCAUGACAAUCCUUGACAAAAAAGAUGGGGAGCAGGCCAAAGCACUGUUUGAGAAAGUAAGGAAAUUCCGAGCUCAUGUGGAGGACAGUGAUUUCAUCUACAAGCUCUAUGUAGCGCAGACCAUCGUCAAAACUGUCAAGUUUAUUUUGAUUUUGGCCUACACUUCGACUUUUUUGGCAAAAAUAAAUUUUACGCACAAGUGUAAGCCUGAUAUUAAACAGUUAACAGGAUACAGAAUGUUCUUCUGUACGCACAACAUGGCAUUCAUGCUAAACAAGCUGCUCAUCAGCUACAUGGCUUUGAUUUUGAUCUACGGGAUGGCGUGCUUGUACUCUCUGUUCUGGGUGUUUCGGCGACCGCUGAAAGAAUACUCAUUUGAGAAGGUCCGGGAAGAGAGCAGCUUUAGUGACAUUCCUGAUGUCAAAAAUGACUUUGCAUUCCUCUUACACAUGGUUGACCAAUACGACCAACUCUACUCCAAACGCUUUGGUGUCUUCUUGUCCGAGGUCAGUGAAAACAAGCUGAGGGAGAUCAGCCUCAAUCACGAGUGGACCUUUGAGAAACUACGGCAGCUGGUGACCCGUAACGCACAGGACCAGCAGGAGCUGCACCUUUUCAUGCUCUCUGGUCUCCCGAACGCAGUGUUUGACCUCACGGACCUGGAAGUGCUGAAGCUGGAGCUGAUUCCUGAGGUGAGGUUCUCUGCAAAGGUCUCCCAGAUGACGAGCCUGCAGGAGCUGCAUCUCUGCCACUGCCCGGCCAAAGUCGAGCAGACUGGUUUUGCUUUCCUCCGGGACCAUCUUCGCUGCCUUCAUGUCAAGUUCACUGAUGUCGCUGAGAUCCCAACAUGGGUGUAUUUGCUGAGGAGUUUAAGGGAGCUUAAUCUCAUAGGCAACUUGAGCUCAGAAAAUAAUAAAAUGAUCGGCUUGGAGUCCAUGCGAGACUUGAGGCAUUUGAAGACAUUAUGCUUGAAGAGCAACCUUACAAAAAUGCCCACGAACAUCACAGAGCUGUCACCACAUCUCAUUAAGCUAGUGGUGCACAAUGAUGGUACGAAGCUACUGGUACUCAAUAGUCUGAAAAAAAUGAUAAACCUUAUUGAGCUGGAGCUGUACAGCUGCGAACUGGAGAGGAUCCCCCACGCCAUUUUCAGCUUGACCAAUUUACAGGAGCUUGACCUGAAAUCGAACAACAUUCGAACCAUAGAGGAGAUCAUCAGCUUCCAGCACCUCAAGAGGCUGACGUGCCUCAAACUGUGGCACAACAAAAUCAUCACCAUCCCAUCCUCCAUCGGCCAGGUCAAGUCUCUGGAGUCUCUCCACCUCUCUCACAACAAACUGGAGUCCCUGCCUCCAGCCUUGUUCACGCUACCCAAACUGCGGCACUUGGACGUGGGCCACAACUCCAUCUCAGUGCUCCCUCCAGAUGUGGGUCUCCUCCACAACCUCCAGCACUUAGCCAUCAACUCCAACAAGCUGGAGGUGCUGCCCAAGCCCUUGUUCAGAUGCACCAAGCUCAAGGUGCUGCUUCUGGGGAACAAUGCGCUCACCGUGCUGCCAGAGACCGUGGGUCAGCUGGUGCAGCUCACUCAGCUGGAGCUGAAAGGAAACUGUCUGGACAGAGUGCCCGUCCAGCUGGGAAACUGCCGCAUGCUUCGCAGAACUGGCCUGGUUGUGGAGGACCAUCUCUUUGACGCACUGCCUGUGGAAAUUAAGGAGAGUAUCAGCCAAGAGAGCAACGCACCAUUUACUAGUGGCUUAUAGCACAAAGACGACUACUUCAUGACGAGCCUGUUUAAUGGGUGUAAGAAUAUACUUUUUAUUAUUGUAAUAUCCAUAAAAAUGAAUGCAUUCUCCUGAUUAUUUUGAUUGCUCUUGCAGAUAAUGUAUUGAAAAUGGUACUGACCGAUUUUCUAGUUGCUGAGCAUUUAUCUAAUUCAGCAACAUUUUGGGAUUUAGUUUUUCAUAGUUUUGAGUUUUGGGAAAUGUUAAAAAUUUAACUUCUCUAUGUAAUAAUCUGUAGACCAAAACUUUCACCUCUGAUGUAGAUUUCUCAUACUUGUUUUAGGUACUCAGGUAUAAUUGUAACCAUGGGGAACAAUCUUUUUUGCCUUAACUGCUGCUAUUCUUUUUUCCUUUUUUUUUUUUUUUUUUUUUUUUACAGUGAGGGCUUUCUUAAACAAAAGGCCAAAAAUGAAUUUGUCUUGUCAGUGUUCAUGUCAUACACUCACUAUCCACAGAACAAUUUCUAUAUGUCAUGAAAGAGCACACAAUACACUUCUUUCUUUGUAGUUUUUAACUUUUGUUGAAUGUAUUUAACCUUGUGUUUUCCUUAAUGUCUUGUAGACAGAAUGAGUUGAGAGUUGUAAAGCUCACAUGGAGACUAAGCACCAUAAAUGAACCUUUACCUUACUCUUGUAGAGAUUGUAUUCUGAGGCCUCUAGUAAUUCAUUUGCACAAAACUUAAUGAUUUUAAGAUCGGUGAAUGUCUUCUGCGAUGACAUGUCCGAAGACCAACGGGAGCCGAUAAAAGGGAAAUCUUUUGACUAUCUUUUUUUAAAUCAUGAUUUAAAAUGUGUGUAGUAAAACUGGUCACAGGUACGACUGAUUAUUCUACAUGUCAAAACUGUGUCAUGUCAACAAACAUGUCUGCCUUCACUCUUAUCAAUGUAUUACUGUGUAGGCCUAUAGAUAUAUGUGCUCUUCAGAGCUGCUGUAACACCUUGAUGAUCCUAUGCUCAAAGUUCACAACUUUAUGGCACAAUAAAACAAGAUUUUAGAUGAA